AUGCCUGCUGCGUUAGAAGACCCUACUCAACCCCCUCAUUAUCGGCCUGAUGUUGUCACGCCGAACCUCGAACCUUACACGGUCUUGCUCAAAGAUAGGGAAACUACUGCUACAAUUUAUCCCAUAACCGCGCCGGAUCAACUGCCUAUUGGGUUGCUAGCCUUUUUGUGCGAUGAAUUUAACAUGGAAAUUGAGCGUGGUGAUACUUUCCCAUUAUUUGAUACGUUACAUAUCGAUACGUUUCAGAAUUAUUGGUUUGGAUCGUUUGCAGGGGUGAUGUUGAUAGGGGAUGCGCCCACUAUUCAAAAUCGUCGCCAAUGGGAGAAGGAAUGCCUGGGCACUUUUUAUAUCAAACCGAACUAUCCCGGACGCUGUGCACAUAUUUGUACUGCAGGUUUCUUGGUUAACGCUGGAAUUCGAGGGAAGGGCAUCGGAAGGACCCUAGCUGAAUGUUAUUUAGAAUGGGCACCGAAAUUGGGAUAUACUUACUCGGUCUUCAAUUUGGUGUUUGAAACAAAUGUAUUGGCAAGGAGAAUCUGGGAAACGCUAAAUUUCAAAAGGAUUGGUCGUAUAAAAGCUGCGGGUAUUUUGAAAGGUUUAGAAAAUGCAGUUGAUGCAAUCAUAUAUGGAAGGGAUUUGGGUGAUGGCGAUACCGAGAGUGUCGGUGAACUUAGAUUUGAUAAGAUCAGGUUUUAUCUUGAGACCGGUCGCUACCCUCCAAGGUCGGACCGACAAGAGAAGUCGAGACUCCGCUCAUCUGCUGCUCAUUAUAAGCUUCGUGAUGGUAAAUUGAUGCUUAAGAAUAGAGAAGUCAUUUCUGAUCCUGAGAGGCAGUUGCAAAUAGCAACUGAGUUACAUUUAGUCUCACAUGCCGGUAUCAACAAAACAACCUCGCUAAUUACUGAAAGCUACCAUUGGACUAGAAUCAAGGAUACAGUAGCAGUUGCAAUUCGAAAUUGUGCAGAGUGUCGUGAAUCUACUAGACCAAACCAGAGAAGACAUUCUGUAACACCUGAUCAUGAUUUUGUUCGAUCUAUUAAUGGAUUGGAUGAUAUUGCUGCAGCCACCGCUGCGGCUGCUGUUGUCUCAACCUCUGCGGACGCUUCCACGUCAAAUUCUGCUUCAUUUUUACCUAAUGAAAAUGAUAGCCAUCAGCAAUUUGAGUCAGAUAAUAAUCAGCUUCGCGACCCGGCAGAUGCUGCUAAAAAACUUGGAACUAACGCAACUUUACUGACGCCUAUUGGUCUGGCCCUGGGUCCUGAUGUCGAUGAGAAGCUUAUUGCAGUUGUUACCGCGCAUCAACAGCGACAGUUGGAGCGCAAAAAGGCGGUUCUAGCAGCCAAAGAAGAGGCAGAUCCAAAAGCAACACUUGUGGAUUCUGACUCCUUACCGAAAUCGCAAAUUAAAGUGGCUUCUAGGCUGGAUCCUCUGAUACGGAAUCAAGGUGAAAUUGAUUUGAGAACUGGCGCUUCUCAAAUUGACUCUGGCUCGCAGGCUCGAAAUCCUACUCUGACACAAGCAAGAAGUAAGUCCCGAACCCAGGUGCAGUCUAAAUCUUUAUCGCAGGCAGUAGAACAUGGCCCAAGGUCGACGAGCUCGCAGCCACGAUCAGAGGCUUCUCCUGUUGAUUCUUCGGGUCACACUUCUAAUUUUGAAAUGCAAGAAGAACAACAGAGUGAAGAGCAGUCACAGACAUAUUCUGUGCCUCGUCAAUCUGAAGUACAGUUGGAGACUGAACUACCUACACGGUCGCUAUAUCACGAACAGGACCAACAGGAGCAACAACGACAGCAAGACGAGCAGGAACAGCAGCAGCUGCCUCAAAGUCAAUAUCAGCAAUAUCAGCAAUUUCAGCAACAAGAUCAGCAGCAACAGCAACAGAUGGGUGGACAUAGUUCUCGGCCGCUGCCACAAUUACCCCAGUUGUCGCCGCAGGACCAGCAACAAAGGGCACAGUUUCGUCAUUAUCAACAGCAACCUGCCUUCCAACAAGUUCAGCAUAGUUUACAGUAUUCGCAGUACACGAAUCAACAACAUUAUGAGUCACAAACGUCACCACCGUAUCAUUUCCAGCAUCAACAAAGGCUUCCGCCGUUUCAGGACCCUACUCAACAGCAUGUCUCUCAACUACAAUCGUCUAGCCAUUCCCGUGAAGCUAAUCCCAAUCCUCCAUAUGGUGUUAAUUCUCAUCAGUCUCUUCAAAGACCACCUCCACCUAUACAACAAAAUCGCUUGCCUUCGAUUAGUUCACAACAAUUUCCGGAGACCUUCUCUCAUACAACUAGUUUUCAAACCGCAAAUUCUGCCUUGGAUCCACAAAUGGAGAGUUUUGAUGACCAGAAUCCUGAGGAUAUUGCUAUUGCUAGGGCACUGAUUACUGAGAAUAGCGGGGAUGAGGAUGGAACCAAUAUGUUUACUUUGCAUAGAGCAUAA